CCGAGGAGCGUCUGAGCCGGGCCUGAGCCGGAUCUGAGGGGAGUCUGAGCCGGGCCUGAGCCGGAUCUGAGGGGAGUCUGAGCCGGGCCUGAGCCGGGUCUGAGCGGGGUCUGAGCCGGGCCUGAGCCGGGCCUGAGCGGGAUCUGAGCGGGGUCUGAGCGGGGUCUGAGCGAGCUCUGAGCGGGAUCCGAGCUGCCGCAACCAUGUCGAUUAUGUCCUAUAACGGCGGGGCCGUCAUGGCCAUGAAGGGCAAGGGCUGCGUGGCCAUCGCCGCCGACCGGCGCUUCGGGAUCCAGGCGCAGACCGUCACCACCGACUUCCAGAAGAUCUUCCCCAUGGGAGAAAGGCUCUACAUCGGGCUGGCAGGGCUGGCCACCGACGUGCAGACGGUCGCCCAGAGGCUGAAGUUCAGGCUGAAUCUCUACGAGCUGAAGGAGGGAAGGCAGAUCAAGCCCCAGACUUUUAUGAGCAUGGUUUCCAACCUGCUCUACGAGAGACGGUUUGGCCCCUAUUACACAGAGCCCGUGAUUGCUGGGCUGGACCCCGUGACACACGAGCCCUUCAUCUGCUCCCUGGACCUCAUCGGCUGCCCCAUGGUCACCGACGACUUCGUGGUCAGCGGCACCUGCUCCGAGCAGAUGUACGGGAUGUGCGAGUCCCUCUGGGAGCCAGACAUGGAGCCCGACCACCUCUUCGAGACGAUCUCCCAGGCCAUGCUGAACGCCGUGGACAGAGAUGCCAUAUCUGGGAUGGGGGUGGUGGUUCACAUCAUAGAGAAAGACAAGAUCACCACGAGGACCCUGAAGGCUCGCAUGGACUAGCCCAGCACAGCUGCUCCCGUGUCACACCCCUCCUGGGACUUUUUUAAAAUAAACCUCUGGCUUGGAGUGAA